AUGAACUCCUCGCCAUAUCAUCCUCUGCGAUCAGCUGAUGGUCAGAUCAGGCUGUUGAUACUUCAUCCCGCUUUGAAGCACGAUGCUCCUAUUCAGUGUAUGCUAGAGCCAGCCAUUCUCUCUUCUAACCCCAUCUAUGAGGCUCUAUCAUACACCUGGGGCGAUCCCGGAAAUGGUUGUAAUAUCUCACUCAGUAAUCACGAUUUUCUUGUAGGAGACAAUGCCGCUGCCGCCCUCCGCAGAUUGCGAUGGAAGAGGAAGAAUAGAAUACUCUGGAUAGAUGCAAUCUGCAUAAAUCAAGCCGACGUGGACGAGAAAAGUACGCAAGUUCCCCUCAUGCAGAAGAUCUACGGUCAAGCACAAAACGUCUUGGCCUGGUUGGGAGAGCCUACUGAUGGCAGUAUUCUUGGCAUGAGAUUACUCCAAAACAGGAUGGCUAGUGUUGGCUGGCAUCAGUGGAAGAUUGACAAAGACUACGGCAAACCGACACUUCCCUUUUUAAAGUCUGUAAGAGGCUCUAUCGCCAGAAUGAAUCGAUCGAGAUUGAUAGAAGAGCAAAUAAACGGGGAAGUCCGUGAGCUACUCGAUCGACCGUGGUGGCGCCGAACGUGGAUCAUCCAAGAAGUUGUGUUGGCAAAGAACAUCCAGAUAAUAUGUGGCGAGGAUGUCAUCACGUGGGAUGCAGUGGCAUCUCUGUUCAAACGACUAAAGUGGACGCAGGGUGAGGUUCGGGUAUUCGAUGUCAAGCUGAGUGAUCGAAACAUAUUUCCUGAUCAGAUGUACAACUUUAUCUCUGGAUAUCAUCAGAAGUGGCAUUCGAACGAUAGGAGACUCGACCUUUUGGACGUGCUAUACCAGUUCAGAACGUUAGAAUGCACAGUUGCGCAUGACAUAAUUUAUGGGUUCUUGGGAAUUGUGCAUCCUAAUGUGGCUACAAAGAUAAGCCCGGAUUAUCAUCUCGAAGGACACAGACACUGGUCAGGCGUUGAAAAUGGCGCUCAGAAGCAAAAGGCAUACAGCGUCCUGGAGCAGUCGAGAUACUACGACAUCCAGGCUCAAAUCUUCGAUGGACCAGAUAAGACUCCGAGAAGAGGCUGGGAGAGACUGCCUGAUGGCUGGGAGAUAAUACCGCGCAAGGAGAAGCCUCUGUUUCGGGACAAUAAGGAUAGGAACAAACAGUCUACUGAACCGAGUCCAUUAGAGGGCCAGCAAGCUGUGAGAGCUGAGCAUUAUAUCAAGCAAAGAGAACUCUCACCGCGAUGGUCCAAGAUCUGGGACAACCUUGGCCGUGCAAAGGUUGUGUAUAGAGCCGGAGAGACGGCGAGAGAGCACAGACUGCGAAAUGAAAGAGAGCUUCUCCGACAGAGGCUUUCCAGAUUACCCUCAUGGCCUCGAUAUUUCGCAUCCGGAAACACUACUGCGGCACUACAUAUUGGCUCCAACCCACGGGUUCUGUCUCUCAAGGGGCAGAUUAUUGAUGAAAUCAGGCAACUCGGACCCGUAUGGCAUCCUGAACUUGACAGGCCCCCUAUCUCCAGGAAAGGCAUUAACGCUCUUGUUGAGUGGGAAAGUCUUGCCCUGAUUGAGCUUCCAGACUGCCCUUACGGCGGCGCUGAGGGUCGCACCAACGCCCUAUGGAGAUCAAUGAUAGCUGAUUAUGCAGGUACAGAAGCUGCUGACAGUGAUGACUGGGCUUACAUCGAGACGUGGUAUGACCGAACUGGAUGGGGUCGUGAGCUCCCAGAUAUGGCAUCAAGGGGAGUAUAUGAGACAGUCACACUUGAGGGAGAAAUACAGGAACUUCAGGUUGUGAUGAAUGCCCAGUUUCUCCAGAUAAGACCAGUGCCUGUUCUCAAAACUAGCGAAGUGCUGAAACAUCCAUUGGGGGAUUUCUCCCAGAGAAAGAAAAAGUAUGGAGGUUAUAUAAAGCGCAUUUAUGACGCAUGUGCGCAUCGCGCAUUGUUGGUGACUUAUCGGGGCUACAUUGGAUUGGCGCCUUGGAAUGCACAGAUCGGUGACAAAGUGGCUAUUCUUCAUGGAGGCGAGACGCCUUUUAUCCUUCGUCACGUCAAGGGGACAGAGGACUUUUCAUUAGUCGGGGAAGCUUUUGUAUAUGGGUUGAUGGGUGGGGAGGGAAUGUCGGAUGCUUUUGGGGGAGGACGAGAUAUAAAUAUCUUAUAA